AUGGAACGUUUUCUGGGAUGGGCUUCACGUAUGUCUUCGUCUAGUAAACCGCUAUUGCAUUACCACGAUGUUGUCAUUCGACAGCAUGACUAUGAUACCCUGGCCGAUCACUGUUGGCUGAACGAUGCCAUUCUCGACUUCCACAUGGAGUACCUCGAUCGCAAUGUGAUUAGCAGUGACAGCAAACUCAAAAUACUACUUCUGCGGCCUGGUAUGGUCGAGUUGAUUGUGCAUAUCCAAGAUCCAACGUACUUAUCAUCAGCACUUCCUCGUGAUCUCGACAAGGCAGAUGCGAUCUUUAUACCCAUCAAUGACUCUCGUCCUUUGGCAGCAUACAGUGGAUCACAUUGGUCGCUCAUGGUCUUCCUUCGUCGCUUCAACGCCUUCUUUUACUAUGACAGCAUGGGACAAUCGAAUGGACGGGAAGCACAACUCACAAGAGCACAAUUGACACCUCUUCUUGGUUUACAGCACUCGCCUGCUUUCGUACCAGUGGAAACACCCCAACAGAACAAUAGUGCAGAUUGUGGUGUGUACGUUAUUGCAAUCACGGAUAAUCUUGUUCAACGGCUAUUACAAACAGGAGGAAAUGUCCCACCAGAGCGUCUCACGCGCAUCACCAAAAAGGAUAUCCGAGUCAAGCACAUACGUAAAGACUUACGACAGCUGAUCCGCAGUAUGCAACAACAACAACAACAAUGA